UAGUCUAGUGUUUGGUGAAUCUAUCAUUGUAUCCUCAUAUAUUACGGUUAAUAAUAAAUUAUAUAAGCUCUUUUUUUUAUGAGAUAAAUUACUAUAAUCUCUAGGAUAAAAAGACUAAGGAAAAAGAAUAAUAAGGGGAAAAGUAAAGAUUCUUAUAACUCAAUGGUUUCACAACAAAAUCCUUCAGAAUAAUUCCUAUAGAAUGAUACUCACAAUUCACAACUGGUAAGUGGUAACCCUUAAAAUUGAUUCCCCCUUUACAAUUGUUCUUUAUAAAUGUUACAGAACAUGUGUAUAGCUUGCCAAAAGUUAUAUUCCAUUACAUGGCUUAUCUUGUAACUCAACCAUGCCUCACAGAAGAAGUCUGGGGAAGCCAAACACUUCAAAGACUUGUGAAGCAGCUUCAAUAUUUUAACCAAUUACCUAGAGCAAAUGAAGAAAUAAAGAAGGAUUGUUGUGGUAUUGGCUCAGAUUUUGGACUUUUCAAGUCACUGGAAGUAAAAAAUGAUCAGUCUUCUUGUAUCAAUUGGAGGGAGAGAAGAGCAGCAGCUUUGAUAUGCCUCUUUGAAGGCCAAGAUGGUGAAUUAUGAGUUAUUCUUACAAAGAGAUCCAUGAAAUUGUCAUCUUACCAAGGGGAUGUAGCAUUAUCAGGUGGGAAAGUGGAGAAAGUAGAUGCAGAUGACUUUGCUACUGCCUUAAGAGAAGCCAAUGAAGAAAUUGGCUUGGAACCUAAUCUAGUUCAAGGUGUUGCCACUUUAGAGACUUUUAUUUCCCAGGCCUACUUGCUAGGAAAAGUGAUUUCAGACCUUUACUCAAUAUUGAUGAAGUUGAUGCUAUUUUCAAUGUUCCAAUGGAGGUGUUUCUUGUACUUCUCACUUGAUCUUGAGUCAUUAACUUUUAGGGUAUGGCUUGUGUCCAAUGCUUUGGAGCACUAGACGGGACCAGUGAUAAUACGUGUUAAGGUUGUGUCUUGUACAAUUAUCUAGUGUACUGGACAGAAGCCUUAAAAUAACUUUUGUGUUAAGGUUGUGUCUUGUACAAUUAUCUAGUGUACUGGACAGAAGCCUUAAAAUAACUUUUGUGUGAAGGUUAUAGUAUACCACUAGUAACAAUGUCAAAUACGUCAUACAAUCCUUGAUAUACUUGAUCUUUAUUUUUUAUUGUUGAACUUUGUAUAUUAUAAAUAUACUCAUUGAACAGUAUACAUAGCAAAAUAACCUUAGGGUUACAGUAGUAUAAGUAGGAUUCUUUUUAAUAGUUGAAAAAAAUGUAGGAUCUUGAGGCUAGUUACUACCUAUUCAAUGAGAUAAAUCUCUCCAAAUGUAUGGCUCCAUAGUCCCAGGUGCUAAUGGUGACUCAAACCUGAGCGCUUAUGGCCAAGAGAAGGAAGAUCAACCACUAGACCCCUAUCCGAUGGUGACUCAAACCUGAGCGCUUAUGGCCAAGAGAAGGAAGAUCAACCACUAGACCCCUAUCCGAUAUUGUAUGGUUUGGAUUCCUAGUACAAUCUAGACAAGGACAUUCAAUGGAUUUGGACCUUGAUUAGAAUGAUAUGAUGGGCUUGGGCUUGGGCUUGUAUCCAUAUCUCUAAAACUAUCCAUUGCAUUAAACACUUACUCCAACCAAUUGCAUGUAGAUUCUCCAUAUGAAGCCGAAAUGUUCCUCACACGUGUUCACAUUCUUAUACAAAGGACAUAAUUCUUAGGCAAAAAUACUAUUUUGGUCCUUACAUUUUGGGAUUACAGUCAAUUUAGUUCCUAUAUUUUCGUAACAAUCAAUUUAGUCCCUGUUAUUUUUAAUUUAUAGUCAAUUUAAUCCCUGCCAUUAACUCACUAAUGGAAAUGGCCUACAUGGUAUGAUGGUAAACAAUGUGCACUGUUGGCACACUUUAAGCUUAUGUGGUAACUAAAAUAAUAAUAUUACAUGCCACAUCAUCUAGAAAAUUUUUGAUUUAUUAGUUUUAAAGGGGGAAAAAAGGGAAUUUAGAUCUAGGAAGAAUGUGAACCUAGAAAAAUCCAACCCAAAUCCACUUCCAGCAUAUUCUUUAAGCAAAUCCAAAAAUAAAAUCAAACAAAAAUAAAAUGGUUAAAAAGUAAUUACGACCCUGUAAAGCUUCUUGAUGAGGGUCAUAGGCUUGCGUUUCAAAUCACUUUGAAACAAUACAGAUCAAACCCAGCUGAUUACUUUACAUUCUCAUAUAUCCUUCUAGAGCUUGAUGUGCUCAUUAGUAUACAUGUCGAUAAGAUCAUCCAAAUCAACUCCUUUAAAGCUGAACUUCUUGAAUGUCCUCUUCUUAGACUGUCCCAUAGCUGCCACAGCCACAUUGGUCCCAACGUCCACCUAAAACAAACUCGGAGAGAGAGAGAGAGAGAGAGAGAGAGGAAUUAGUGGUGGGAUUUGCUUAAAGAAUUUGUUGUUUAUGUUUGAUUUUUGUGUUCUUUGCUGAACGUAAUUGUGACCAAGGAAUUGGAAAAUGGACUUUUGGAUUUCAUAUAUGCUAUUGAUUGAUUGAUUUGGUGUUUGAAUGAUGAGAGAUUUGUGCUUGAAGAACUAAGAUUUAUGGAUUUUGGUUUGAUUUUUCUGUCCAAUGCUGAUGACAUGGCAUUUAAUAUUAUCAUUUUAGUUGUCACGUAAGCUUAAAAUAUGCCAACAGUACAUAUAGUUUGCCACGUAGGUAUUUUUUGUUAGUAAGUUAACUGCAGGGACCAAAUUGAAUGUAAAUUAAAAAUAACAAGAACCAAAUUGAUUGUUACAAAAAUGUAGGCACUAAAUUGACUUUAACCCCAAAAUGUAAGGACUAAAAUGGUGUUUUCGCCUCAUUUUUAUUAAAGAGUUUUUAAAUUCUAUUUAUCUGUAAAAUGUGUGAAUAUA